AACUAGACAAACCUCGGCCGAAAGCCAAAUCUGCACUGCAGGGCGGCUGUAAACUCACUCGCAGACUCGUCGCGGUCGUGUUUGCGCCGCUCGAAAUACUUCUCCUCAUGUUGCUGUAGUGUUAUUUUUACUUUGCGUGCGGCUGGUGCUUAAGCUCUUCUUCGACCUUUGUUUCGGUGUGCGUGGUCUACAUCUUUGCCUUCUUUCUCUCUCUUGCUUCUAGCAUUACACAUCUCGAAACACCCCGCCAACGCCAUCAUGAGUGCUUCUAUCACACGGGCCGAAGUGGCCAAGCACAACACCGAGGAAGAUCUCUGGAUCAUCGUUGACCACAAAGUCUACGACCUCAGCGAAUUCGUCGACGCCCACCCCGGAGGUUCCGUCGUCCUCACUCAAGUCGCCGGCCAGGACGCCACCGAAGCCUUCUACAACCUCCACCGCAAUGAGGUCCUCACCAACUACAAGAGUCUGCACAUUGGCACUAUCGAAGGCGAGAAACCCGAGGUCAUCGAGCACAAGGCCGGCGACCUGAGCACCGUGCCCUACGGCGAACCGCUCUGGCUCACCAAACAAUACUACUCGCCCUACUUCACCGACAGCCACCGCACCUACCAGCGUGCAGUGCGCGAGUUCGUCGAGACCCACAUCCUCCCCGAGGCGCGCGCCGCCGAGCGCGAUGGCACCCACAUCAGCCAGGAACUCAUCGACAAGAUGGCCGCCAACAACUUCCUCGCCUGCCGUCUCGGCCCGGGCAAGCACAUGGCCGGCCGCACCCUGCUGGGCGGAAUCAAGGGCGAGGACUUCGACUACUUCCACGACAUGAUCACCAGCCAGGAGAUCGCGCGCUGCAACUCGCGUGGUUUCCAGGACGGCAACCUCGCCGGAAUGGCCAUCGGUCUGACCGCAGUGCACGCCUGGUGCGAGAACACGGAGCUCCGCGAGCGCAUCUCCAAGGAAGUUCUUUCCGGAAAGAAGAAGAUCUGCUUGGCCGUCACCGAGGCCUUUGCUGGUUCCGACGUCGCUGGCCUGCGGACAACGGCGGAGUUGAGCAAGGACGGCUCGCACUACAUCGUCAACGGUACCAAGAAGUGGAUCACCAAUGGCGUCUUCUGCGAUUACUUCGUGGUGGCGUGUAAGAGCGAGAAGGGCUACACCGUGCUUUUGGUCGAGCGCGAUGAGAACGUCGACACCAAGCCCAUCAAGACUUCAUACUCCCCUGCCGCCGGUACCACCUACAUCGAGUUCAACAAUGUCAAGGUUCCCAAGGCACACCUCCUCGGUCCCGAGCACAAGGGUUUCCAGGUCGUCAUGUCCAACUUCAACCACGAACGAUGGAUGAUGGCCGGCAUGGUCGCCCGCUGGUCCCGCACCGCCCUGGAGGAAUGUCUAAAAUGGGCCCACCAACGCAUCGUCUUCAGCAAACCGCUCAUCAACCAACCCGUCAUCCGCGCCAAAAUCGCCCGCAUGAUCACCCUCGUCGAAGCCAACCAAGCCUGGCUGGAAUCCGUCACGUACCAAAUGACCAAGAUGAGCUACGCCGAGCAAUCCAAACACCUGGGCGGCACCAUCGCCCUCCUCAAGAACUACUCCACCCGUUGCGCGUAUGAGGUUGCGGAUGACGCGACGAACAUUUUCGGAGGACGGGGUAUUACCCAGACCGGCAUGGGUUGGGUUGUGGAGAACUUCAACCGUACGAAUAAAUUCGAUGCCAUCCUUGGUGGUACGGAGGAGAUUCUUGCGGACCUUGGUGUCAGGCAGGCGAUGAGGUCGAUGCCGAACGCGAAGCUGUAGAACUUUUGAAUCGCUUUGCAUUGGCUGCCUUCUUUGAUGUCUUGAUGGGGAUAAAUGAUAUACAGUCCAUACAUGUUGUUUUAAAUUUCCCUCCACGUCCUCCCUCCCGCAGCGGAAAAUAAUCAAGAACCGAGUGGCGAGAUUUCAAAGGCCGCCCGUUCUUCGGAAUGAAGAAAUAAUCUGAUGUGAGGGAAAAAGUGAAGAAACCAACCGUAUGUCUGCACUUUCGAUGUUAUUUUCAAAAAUAGUGGUUCGAGGCAAUCAGCCCAUCA